UGCUGUCGGCCCUCCUGUCCUGUGAGCAGCUGUGCCCAGCCUGUGUGCUGUGAGGUCCCUUCCUGCCAAGCAGUCCUCUGUGCACCCACUUCCUGCCAGCCCAUCCUCUGCAACCCCAGCCGCUUCCAGUCAGUGGUCUGUGAGCCCAGCUGCUGUGCAGCUAUCUGCAUUGUGCCUAGUUCCUGCAAGCCAGUGAUCUGUGUGCCCGCUUGCUGUCAGCUGGUGUGCCCCACACCUGGCUGCUGUCCUUCUGUCUGCUCUGUGGCCAACAGCUGCCAGUCUGUCUGCUGCGACUCCAGUCCUUGUGAGCCAUCUUGGUCGGAGCCCAGCAUCUGCCAGCCAGCCACGUGUGUUUCUCUGGUUUGUGAGCCCGGCUGCAUCUGCCCCGUCCGCUGUGUUCCAAGCCCUUGCAAGCCCGUUGUCUCCAGCACUUGCCAAGAGCCCUCUUGCUGCAUCUCCAGCAUCUGCCAAUCUGUUUGCUCUGAGCCCAGCCCUUGCUCCCCAAGUGUCUGUGUGUCCAGGCCAUGUCAACCUACCUGCUAUGUAGUCAAGUGCUGUCGGUCCAUCUCCUGUGAGCCCAUUUCCUGUCCACCUACAUCCUGCCGACCUCUCUGCUGCCCCCUGGGGUCUUCUGCACCUGCCAUCUGCCAGCCAACUUGCUCUCGAACUUUCUACAUAUCCAGCUCCUGCAAACAACCUUGCACGACUUCAGUUUCCUACCGCCCAAUUUGCCGCCCAGACUGCUCUGGACCCAUCACCUACAGGCAGCCAUAUGUGACAUCUAUCUCCUACCACCCGGCCUGCUCUCGCCCAUAUUACUCCAUCCUGUGCCGUCCAGCAUGUGUCACUUCUGUCUCUUGCCGCCCAGUCUGCUCCUGCGUGUCUUGUGCUGACGUCUGCAAAAGGGAUUGCAAGAAGUCCACUUCCAGCCAACCGGAUUAUGCUGACUCAACGCUCUGCAAGGUGGAGGUCUCAGAGGCCAGUCCCUGCUACCCCACUGAGGCCAAGCCCACUAGCCCCACCACCCAGGAGGCCACAGACAGCCAGCCUGCUGACUGCUGAACUGGCCCCAGCCCACCGAUUCCUGCAAUGCAUGCCUCCAGCUAGAGAGAAAAUUUGACUGCCCUCCCCAAAGCUCAUUCUCACUUAGCAUCUUUCUUUCUGCCCCAUCACCUGCCACCUGCUUAUGCUUCAAAGAACUCAUCAGAAAUGUCAGUCCUAAUGGUCCAAAUGAAGGCCUCCUGAGCACCAGAGGGGGACAUUCUGGGUUCUUGUCUGCUGCUGCCAUCGAGCUGAAAAAGGCUGCUUUGCCACAUCAUCUCAAGUCUCUGUCCUGGCAUAAAUAUGUUUCUGUCCUCAUGCAAGUGCUCCCUUGAUGUGUGUGCUCCUCUUCCUUGGGGACCUCUUCCAUGCCAUAUAGAUAUUUAAGUGUCCAAUAAGCAUGGCUAAGUUGAAGUGACACACUAUUCUCAUUGCUAUCUGGUUCAUGUCAUAUUCUCAUCAGCUGACUUUCUUCAUCUUUGAGAGCAGCUUCAUUCAUCCAUUCAUCCAUCCAAGAAGCUUUAUUACAUAGCUGUUAGGUGCAAGAGACUGUGAUGGGUUCUAGGAAUGAAAAGACAGAAGUGUCAGCCUCACUCUCGGGACGCUUACUCUCUGAUGGGGAGACAGGCAGAGAGGCAAUUACUACAUUCCACUGGCUAAGUCCUGGGGUAGAGGCAAACAUAGGGCACUUUGAACUCAGCAGGGCCUAGGGAGAAACAGGGAAGAAUUCUUGGGGGAUGUGCUACUAAAGCUGAGUCUUUCAGCACAAGUAGGAAUUAACCAGUUAAAAACCAGGAAGGAAGAGCUUCCCAGGCAGAGGAAACAUAUACAGAUGAAUGGGGCUUGUGAACACACUGCUCAUUAGGCAUAGCUUGGGCAGAGGUGUAGUAAGCUCGGAGGUCAGAGCAGUAGACAGUGACCUGCCCUCGUCAGGCCUUGUGUGCUGGACAGAGGCAUCUGGGUUUGGUGCAGGGCUGAUGUGAAGGCAUUGAGGAACCAUAUGCAGGGCAGUGACAUGAAAACUACUGGGUUUUGAAACGUCCCUCUGGCCUUGGUGUGGAGAGCUGAAUGGUGGAGCAUGGAUUUGGUAUAGGGAGACUGAGGGGGUAGACAUGGCUUUGGGGUCCACAGUGAAAUGAAAACAAGUAGGGAGGUCAUACUUACAAUAAGGAAAGUAACCUGGGUUUCUUGUGCAAGAACCUUGAUAUGUUCUCUGAGUCCCUA